AACUGCGGACUGUCGGUAACGAGUCCAUAGAGAGUUGCUACUUGAUCCUUUUUACAUUCACUUCAUCACUCGCUUGUGCUUUUGCGUACUUCUACAUUCGUUUUCCUUCAUUGAAACGUUGAGGAUCCCUUCAUUCAGAGUUCACAAAGAAACUCAGGAAGAGAUAUUUCAGGUCAACAGUCAACCAAUAUGGGAUCCAUAUCAGCUCCAGACUCCAAGGUCUACGCUCUCAUUAUCUACGACGACGCCUACGUCCACCCCAUCCUCCUCGCGGCUCUGAGAAAGCGCCUCCCACCCUCCUCCUACGAGCUCAUCACCAGCCUGGACCAACUCCCCUCACCCACCUCCAACCUCCUGCAAUGGCUGCAAUACGAAGAAAUCGAUUUCCAGCACCACCUGUCCCACCCCGAAACCGCUCUCUGCAACGCUUACAUCAUCCGCAAAGCCCUGAUCCGGAAACAUUACCUCUCCACUACAGUGUCCAACUGGAUUACAAAACACCCCGAUUCGCUCCUCCGCAAGCACGUGAAACCCAGCGUGGAAUUCGAAGUCGACUAUGCAGAGUUCCUCGACGAUGCCCUCGUCGAGGCCUACGAGCUGCGGGAGAGUUGGCAGAGAGGCGAAGGGAAGGAAGGGAAGGAUCGCGAGUGGUGGAUCUUGAAGCCGGGGAUGAGCGAGCGGGGCCAGGGGAUUCGAUUGUUUUCUUCCGAGGAGGACCUGACUGAGAUCUUCGAGGCGUGGGAUCCGGAAGACGAUGAAGAAGAGGAGGACGAAGAAGAGCAGGAAGAUGCAACGGCGAGAAGCGACUACGGUGAUGCAGACAAAGAGGAGAAUGAAGGAAACGGCAUCAUCACAUCCCAACUCCGGCACUUCGUCGCCCAACCCUACAUCCACCCGCCUUUGCUACUCACACCCCCUGGUUCCGCGCCCAAUUUCCCGCCCAGAAAAUUCCACAUCAGGACCUACGUCCUCGCCUUCGGCGCGCUCAAAGUCUACGUCUACAAAGAAAUGCUCGCCCUCUUUGCGGCGCGCCCUUACAUCCCACCGUGGGAAUCAUCAAAUGACGAAGAAGCACUGAGAGCCCAUCUAACGAAUACCUGUCUACAAGACACCAGCGAGCGUGAAGGCUCCGUGGGUCUGUUCUGGGAUCUACCCGACGACCUCCCCUCGGGAUGCGCUCCCCAGAAAUCGCCUUGGACAGAGCAAGUCUUCCAGCAGAUUCUUGAUAUCACGUCCGAGACGUUCAGAGCAGCCGCCACGUCCAUGUCGAUUCACUUCCAAACACUACCGAACAGCUUCGAGCUGUUUGGGCUAGACUUCAUGGUGGGUGUGGAGGGAGAUGGAGAACUCAGGACGUAUUUGCUCGAGGUGAAUGCUUUUCCGGACUUUAGGCAGACGGGAAGCGAGUGUAAAAGGGUGGUAGAAGGGCUGAUGGAAGGGGUUGUGGAUGUAGCCGUUAGGCCGUUCUUUGGAAUCGAGGGAAACGAGGAGGCCAGCGAAGGUGCGAGGAAGCUGAUCAAGGUGUUGGAUAUCGACCUUGGACGGAGAUGAGAGCGAAGACGAUUCACAGCAGGAUAUGGCCAUCAGGAGAUUAGAGAGAGUAUGGCUCAAAGGAAGUGAGCCUGAACUGAUUCUCUAGAAAUCGACAAUGAAACCUUCAUCCGUGGUCCGUAAUGUUCGGUUAACCGCCUACAUCAAACACGUGAUGUAAAUCUUGCCUCGGCCAUUGCGGUCCUCAUUUCAAGCUGCGUCUGUCUCGCUGAUUGCGAUGCUGAGGUUUCGGACGCUCCAUUGUUUACUCGAGUCUCUGGUGGGGCAUCGCUCGGAAUGGGCGUAA